CAUAGAGCUUACUUAAAAAAAUAAAAUCAUUAUAUAAUUAGACCUUGAUUUAAUUCUCCAUGGUUAAUCAAUAGGAACUCUGGUUUCCAAAGGCACUGGGUAGAUCAUGAGUUCUAAGUAAUUGCUUUGGAUGACAACACCUCUGGUUAGGUAACUAAAAUAUUUUAAAUUAUUAUAGACCUCAUUUAAGGAAAGCAUCACAAAAAAAUAUCUCUUUUGUCAGAGCCUAGUUAGCCUACCCUAGUGAAUUAGCUCUGGUCGCAGAUUUCUCUUCUAGAAUUAACCUUAGUAAGCGCUUUUGUUUUCUUAAAAUGGUGGUGAGUGUGUUUCUGCUUGGGCAUUUUGACACAGUUCUAGAGUGGAGCUGAAAUUUUGUUCGGCUGCCUUUAAAAAUUGUGAGUAGAUAAACACAAAUACUUCUGUGUAACAAUGGAGAGGCUGAAAGAUUUGGGUUUUGUGUUUGACCAAAAUCUCUCUGGAUGAAAUGCUACACCAUUGGUAUCAACUUAGAUGGCACUUUAUGGAUGUACACACUAUGUACUACACAUUUUGAAGAGUGGGUUGUAUGGAAAUACAAUCAGGUUAGUGGCCUUUGGAAAAGAAAAUUCACUCUUGGGAGCUGAAGUUUACUCAGUGGUAUUUGUUUUUAUGCCGCUUGGGUUGGGCCUGUAGGACCCUGUUCUUCGUCCCUCCCUCAAGUUUUGUUGACUCACAUUUCAUAAGAACAACUAGCUCCCUUAGCCCUGGUGAGACCCAGCCAAAACUGUCUCUCAGCAUCCUGUGUUGUAAGGACAGACAUUUGUGUUCAAGGUAAAAAUUCUUGCUUUCCUAGCCAGUGGAUAAGAACCACUGAGAGAUACCCUCAUGAAAGUGUAUGCCCCUACACCAGGGGCUGUCCAUGUUCGUUAGUCCACAAGUCACUUUGGUAUGAAGUCCUUUUGUGCCAGUGAUAGAAGUGUAGCAAAAAUAUAGGCAGAACUGAUAGUGUAUGUGGGGAUAGGGAAGGGCAGUUUCUAUCAGGGAUGUUUGAUUUUAGCAAAUGUUUUGUUCAAAGCAUCUGUGACCUUUAACACUGCUGUUGGUGUUAAUCUAAAUGAGGGAAACUUGAUGUUUUAUUAAAAUCAAUAGUUGCCUUUUUGUUUAAAAUGAAUGAUGCGAAGACUGCUAAACAGAGUUGUUUCCCCUUAUACUCUUCCUCUCUUCCCUCAAAAUAUUGUGAGAUCAGUAACAGAUGUCAGUGUCUGCAGAGAAAAGAGAUUAAAGUUCUUUACUGCUGUCAUCCCUGUGGAUAGGCAACGUGAGAGUGAGACAAGCGAGGCUAAAGUAAUCUAACAGGAUACCCUCCUUUUAAAAAUCAAAACCAAACCAAAUCAAUGAAUCUGAGCAAGCAGUUGUUAAAUAAACUUAGUACAGUGCUUUAUGUGAUAAAUAAAAAAUCUAUUGUGAUCACGUGAGUGAAAAAUGGUAGUAACGCUCAUUGCUUUUACCACAUAAUUGUUCUUCAUGCUAAUUCCUAAUUAUUUUAAACUUGCCAUUUUGUUGCAUGUUUCCUCGAUUUGUGAAGGAGAGUGAUAAUGCUGUGGCUUUCUUGCAUAUGCUUUCAGGUGUGUGUGGUAUGAAUUUUAUAUUUCUGAUUUAAUGUGAUACCUGUUAAUAUGUUGCUCAGGGAUUGACUUGAUCUUAAAACCUAGGUAUCACCCAUAACAGUAUUUGAAACUCUCAAGUCAGUAAGUUGACAGCAGAUUCAAAGCUCUUAUCUAAUUGGCUGUGUUAUCUUUUAUGUCAUAAUCACAUCACCCAAUUGUAAACAGUAUCUGGAGUUACAUUAGUGGGACUGGGAUUUUUUUUCUUUUUUCAAUCUAAAGGUUUCUCUUCCUCUCUCUAAUAAAACAUCUGAACCUCCUAAGACCUCUUUAAGAAUUUCUUACAAAAACAUGCCGGAAGACCGUGGAACUUGUUUUCACCCUGAAGAUUUUUCUCAUUUUAUUAUUUUCAACUGAUUGCCCACAGAUGUGGAAGCCACAUCUUUUUGUUGGGUUGGUUCUUCAGUCGCUAGGUGGGGAGAGAGAUGAAUCCACUCAAGAUUAGCACUUACAGAAACAAAACUGCCUCUUCCUGGCUUAUGAAAUUCAGUUUUCUUUGGCUUCUUAGUCAGAAUUGUUGCAGAGCCAGUGCUGUCUGGACUGCUUACAUGAACAUCUCGUUUCAUGUUGGGAAUCGGAUGUUGUCAGAGUUGGGGGAAACGGGAGUGUUUGGAAGAAGCUCCACUUUGAAGAGAGUGGCAGGAGUUAUCGUGCCACCUGAUGGAAAAACUCAAAAUGCAUGUAAUCCCGGUACCAGUUUCAGCAGAUUGAAGAACUCAGAAACCUGGCUUGCACUUGUUGAACGAGGUGGUUGUACCUUCACGCAGAAAAUUAAGGUGGCCAUUGAGAAGGGAGCCGGCGGAGUGAUCAUCUACAACUUUCCAGGAACUGGCAAUCAGGUUUUUCCCAUGUCUCAUCAGGCAUUUGAAGACAUCGUUGUGGUGAUGAUUGGUAAUCUCAAGGGCGUGGAGAUUUUGCAUUUAAUUCAGAAGGGAGUUCACGUUACAGUCAUAGUUGAGGUGGGGAGGAAACACAUCAUCUGGAUGAAUCACUAUUUUGUCUCUUUUGUGAUUGUCACAACUGCUACUUUAGCAUAUUUCAUCUUUUAUCGUAUUCGGAGACUUUGGAUAGCAAGGAUUCAGAACCGGAGAUGGCAGCGGUUAACAACUGAUCUCAAGAAAGCCUUUGGCCAGCUGCAGCUUCGGGUUCUGAAAGAGGGGGAUGAGGAAAUCAGUCCAAAUGGAAAUAGCUGCGUAGUUUGCUUUGAACUCUAUAAGCCUAACGAUACAGUUCGUAUUCUCACUUGUAAACACUUUUUCCACAAGAGUUGCAUUGACCCCUGGAUUCUGGCCCAUGGGACUUGCCCCAUGUGCAAACGUGACAUUCUUAAAGCUUUGGGUAUUCAGGUGGAUGUUGAAGAUGGAACAGAAUCUUUGCAAGUUCUCAUGUCAAAUGAAUUGUCCGAUGCCCUGUCCCCUGAUGAAGAAGAGACAGACCGUGAACUUCCUCCUGUGAGAGGAUCUGACAAAGUGACCCCUUUGGAAGCGGGGGAGGUGCCACUGCCCCCUCAGAAUGACAGCCAGCCUACUUCAGUAGUGGAAGAUGUUCAUCCUUUACCUUGACAGCAUGACCUUUGAGCAAGUGGAUUAAACCUGUUUGUCAACUCAA